GAAAAAAAAACUGUCAAUGCUUAUGUGUUACAAAAUAUUGCUUGAUUUAAAAUUUAAAAAAAAGUUAAAUUACUAAAUUACAUGGAGUUAAGUUGACAAAUUUGAAAUUUCUGAGUAUACUAAUGACGUCACUGUAUAGUUAUUCAAACGAAGUUAUUAAGUAAAUUUUUUUCGUGCCAGGCCUUAUCUUUACGACCGAAUAGGUACUAUCAACUGUUUCCGCUGAUAUGAAGAACCAGGCAAAACAGGAACUUUGUUCUUGGCAUUUGAUACCAGAACUGCCGUUUAAUGUGUAUCAUGAAACGUCGAAUCGCCACAGCCUACAGACAAAGAUUAAAAUAUCUGUAAGAGUCAGAGUAUCAUUUUGAUUGUAACUUCCUGUAGACCGGAUACCACACUGAAUUUAUUUUAAAUGUUGUGAGCAGCUAGAAUGAAGUACUUUCGUGAAAAGGAAUUCUUUGGAACAUUGUCCAGCAAUGAUUGAUUGAACAGUUAACAAAUGAUGCUGCCGAGCGUCAAGACAACCCGCGUAAGUGGCCGACUAGUGCUGACACUAGCAGCAGGUGUAGUAUGUGGCUUCCUGUCUGCUUGUCUCUUCAUCAGCGCCAACCGGGAUGUACCAAACGUUCUUCACUGGUUCCCUGGUCGCUCUUAUUAUGAUCCUCACCAUUAUUCGCAUCUCGAACAUGAGUCGGGGCCAUCAGUCGAAGUUGUAUUUCAUGGAGAAGAUGAGGAUUUUCACAAAAAUGAAGAUCUCGUAGCUCGUGAAUUGGCUCAAAAAGUGCGCGUUCUGUGCUGGGUGAUGACGAAUCCAAAGAAUCAUCAAAAAAAAGCGAGACACGUUAAGUCUACUUGGGGAAAGAGAUGCAACAUUUUGCUGUUCAUGAGUUCUCAGGAAGAUCCUAGUCUCCCAACCAUUGCACUGCCAGUAGAGGAGGGUAGAAAUAAUCUCUGGGCAAAAACCAAAGAAGCAUUUAGAUAUAUAUAUGAAAAAUACAGAGAUCAAGCUGAUUGGUUCCUAAAAGCAGAUGAUGAUACCUACGUGGUAGUAGAAAAUCUGCGCUACAUGCUGUCCCCGUACUCAUCCUUGGAGCCACUGUACUUUGGCUGCAGGUUCAAGCCCUUUGUAAAACAAGGCUACAUGAGCGGUGGGGCAGGCUAUGUGCUGAGCCGAGUUGGUUUGGAUAAGUUGGUGCUCGAGGCUUUGCCAAACGGGACCCUGUGUAGGCAGGACAACGCUGGUGCCGAGGACGUCGAGAUGGGAAAGUGCCUGGAGAAGGUAGGCGUUAGGGCAAUGGACACGCGUGAUCCACACGGCCGGGGACGCUUUUUCCCUUUUGUACCUGAGCACCAUCUUAUACCUGAUCACACGAACAAGGACUUUUGGUAUUGGAAGUACAUAUAUUACGAGUCCAAAGAUGGACUCGACUGUUGCUCCGAUAGUGCAGUGUCCUUUCACUACGUAAGUCCAAAUAUGAUGUACGUGCUGGAAUACCUGAUUUAUCACCUCAGACCGUAUGGCAUCAGUCAUACGGUUCACGAGGAACCCCAGGCUGCCCAGACGCUCUCCAAGACUAGUGAGCCUGUUAGCACGUAGUCAAAGUUUCAACGCAGUCUAGUCACAUGUGAUUAAUUUAUUCAAUACUUUUUAGUACGUGAAUAGACGUGAAACGUUUUUUCUUGGUUGGUAUGAUUUUUUUGUGUGUAAAAUUACGCAGAGAUUUUUUUACCCUAAAAUAAGGGUAAAGUUCUACAUUGUAAAACCUCUUAUCUAAGAGGGCUAAAAAAACACGAUAACGAUAAGAGUAUGGCUUUGUUGAUAAUACUCUUACAUACCGGUUUUUAUUACUGUAACUGUUUGAUAAGAAUAAUGUUUUAUUCUUUUUAAUACUUUACUUAUUGCAGUUAGUUGUAGACGCCGAUAAUGAUGACACGAAAAUAUGUUUUGAUGACUAUUCGAGUUAAAUUCAGGGAAACAAUAAAAUUCCUAAUAUAUUUACAUACAUUUUUCGUGAAGUAGUAUAUUACGUCAUUAGGGUGCAAAAUAUGAAUUUGAGUACCUACUGUGUUUGUACGUUUGUGCCCGAGUCAUGCAUAUUAUUUUUCUUACUAAGGGUCAAAAGUAAAAUUUUGUGCCCGUAAAAAAGUACUUUUCCGCACUCGGGUGGU